GGGACCUUUGGGCGGUAAACGGGUCAGAAAAUCCGGAGCAUGGAUGAAUAAUUAAUAAAUGAAUAAUUAAUCAGUAACUCAUUUAAACUUCAGUCUGUGUCACCAGGAUGAAAUAUUGUUUUUAAAAGCAGUUUAAUAGUUGAGUUCUGGGUUUUAUUUUGAAGGUCUGUGACGGAUACUUCCUGCUGCGUUCAGGGUAACUUGACAGCGUGAGUAAAUUCGGGAGACUCCAGAAUGUGGCAUUCAGGGAGAGGAGGGAAAGCUGGAGCAGCGCGUCAACCCGAACCCGUUUAAAGGAGCAGAACCGGACCUUCAGUCUGGAACUGUUUCACUAAAUGACAGGAAUCCGAGGCUGGUGUCUUCUGGGAUCUUUUUAAGGCGCGGGAAACUGGAUGCUUUCUGGAAUAUUCAGUCCGGGAAUGUCGCCACUUUUCCAGCUCCUUGUUGGAGUUUUCCCACAUCUCUCCGCUGCAGUUUGGUGGAUUUAAAGUUCAGACCGCUCUGUGAGGAAGGCUCCCGGCCCUCACCUCCUCCUCAGAGCUCCAACUCAUCCUGGAAACAUCAUCUCCUCACCGACGGUGAAGCCCAGGAAUUAGUCGGUGGAUUUUGUGUUUCCUGCUGUCAGGUGUGAAAGGAAGAGGAGUCCCACCUGAGGCUGGUUCCUGUUGCUCAGGAUGAUGGUCUGAGGAGGAAGAGGAGGAGGAGGGAUUCCCAGUGAAGCCGGUCGCAUACGAAGAGGAGGAGCAUGGGGAAGGAGCAGGAGCUUCUCCAGGCGGUGAAGAGUGGGGACCUGCUGUCCACCCAGAAGCUUCUCUCCAAGCUGAAGAGCAACCGGAACAAGCUGCUGGGCUCCACCAGGAGGCUGAACAUCAACUACCAGGACUCAGACGGCUUCUCGGCGCUGCAUCACGCCGCGCUCACAGGAACCACGGAGCUGCUGGCGGCGCUGCUGGAGGCUCAGGCCACCGUCGACAUUAAAGACACUAACGGAAUGCGUCCGCUGCAUUACGCCGCCUGGCAGGGAAAAGCAGAAUCCGUGCUGAUGCUGCUUCGCUCCGGAGCGUCGGUGAACGCCGCCUCGAUGGACGGACACAUCCCUCUGCACCUGGCCGCUCAGUAUGGACACUAUGAGGUGUCAGAGAUGCUGCUGCAGCAUCAGUCCAACCCGUGUCUGGUCAACAGGGCCAAGAAGACUCCUCUGGACCUGGCCUGUGAAUUUGGACGAGCCAAGGUGGUCCAACUGCUUCUGAGCAGCAACAUGGUGGUGGCUCUGCUGGAGGACGAGAGGAAAGAGCCGAUGGAUUCAGCCUACACCACACCACUGCACCUCGCAGCUCGAAACGGACACAAAGACAUCAUACGGCUGUUGCUGAAGGCCGGCAUCGACAUCAAUAAGACCAGCAAGUCUGGAACAGCCCUGCAUGAAGCUUCGCUGUAUGGAAAAACCGAAGUGGUGCGACUCCUGCUGGACGCUGGAGUGGACGUGAACAUUCGCAACACCUACAACCAGACGGCGCUGGACAUUGUCAACCAGUUCACCACGUCCCACGCCAGCAAGGACAUCAAGCAGCUGCUGCGAGACGCCACCGGCAUUUUGCAGGUCAGAGCUCUGAAGGACCAUUGGAACCUCCACGAUCCCACUGCUCUCAACAUCCGAGCAGGCGAUGUGAUCACGGUCUUGGAGCAGCACCUGGAUGGACGCUGGAAGGGCCACAUCCACGACAGCCAGAGGGGGACGGACAGAGUGGGCUUCUUCCCUCCGUCCAUCGUGGAGGUGAUCAGCAGGAGGAACGGGGGCACCCUCUCCCGGCACGCCUCUCUGCCCACCCAGCGCCAGCAGCUCCUGUCUAGAGCCCCCCUCUCCUCCAGCCUAAGCUCCGCCCCCCACACCGACGACUCCUACAGUCUGUAUGCCCCGCCCACCCACGUGGUUCUGCCGCUCUCCAACGGCCUGACUACCUGCACAGGUUUGUGUUCGAGCCACCUGUCUCAGCCUGGAUGUCCCUUUGAGGACAUCUGGGUCCUCAGGGACUCGUGCCACGCCGGAGACAGGAACAGCGUGGGAAGCACCGGGAGUGUGGGCAGCACUCGCAGCGCCGGCAGCGGACAGAGCACUGAGAGCAACGGCGCCCCCAACGGACACCAACACAACGCUGGUCACCAUGACAGCAAGCUGGCGCCCCCUGCUGCUGAUCCGGGACACUCUGCAGACCACAGCAAACAGGCCGAGAAUCCUGCAGUCCAGGAAUUGUCCUCCUGUCCUCCAGGUAGCGCCCCCAGGAGGCAGACUGUGACGGUGCAGCGUCCUGCAGAGCCGAGCUUCACGCAACAGUUUGUUCGUCCCCAGCAGCUUCUGGAGGGGAAGGAUGCAGAGGCCAUCUACCAGUGGCUCAGUGAGUUCCAGCUGCAGCAGUACACCGGGAACUUCCUGAAUGCUGGAUAUGACGUUCCGACCAUCAGCCGGAUGACUCCUGAGGAUCUGACUGCCAUCGGAGUCACCAAACCAGGACACCGUAAGAAAAUCUCCAUGGAGAUCAACAACCUGAACAUCCCAGAGUGGCUUCCAGAGUACAUACCUUCGGACCUCGGAGAGUGGCUCAGCGCCAUCGGCCUCCCGCAGUACCACAAAAAACUGUCGGAGAACGGCUAUGACUCCAUCAGCAUCGUCAAGGACCUCACAUGGGAGGACCUGCAGGAGAUUGGCAUCAUCAAGCUAGGCCACCAGAAGAAGCUGAUGUUAGCAGUGAAGAAGCUGUGUGACAUUCAAAGGGCCAAUCUGCAGCAGGCUGAUUCCAGCUCAGUAACGCUGCGGCGUAAAGCCCCAGGAACCCUCCAGCUGGUCACCAUUGAGUCUCCUGAUGCCAGCAGUGAAUGUUCUUCUCCUCACACCCCCAUGAUGGUGACUUUCCAGGACAGCGAGCUGAGUACAGAGCUUCAGACAGCUAUGGCUAGCCACUAUGGAGGCUGUGAGGAGGGAUUUGCCAUCAAGAAUGCUGUGGGGAUGUCCCAGAGCCAGGAGAGCAUCGACACUCGUUCCAGAGGUUCUGGUCGCUCCCAGGAGCCUCCCACUGCCUCCAUCAAUCCUCACAGCUGGUCCCAGGAGAGCCUGGAAGGAAGCCCGGCCAGGGAGAGGAAUCUGCCUGAAGGCUGGGACCAGCGACCCCUGCAGCACCAGCCGCUGCCCAAACAGGUACCUCUGGGAAUGGCAACGGUGUUCAAGUACCCAGCUAUCCCAGCCAAACCCAAACUGUCUGGGUCCCGCAGUAACUCCCCUCAUGGCUCCCCAGCUCUGAAAGGUUUCAGCUACCUGCAUUCUCAGUGUGGCUCCACCGACCUGAACAGAUCUUCCCGAUCUGAGCACCACAGGACCCUGACACCUCCUAACAAGCACACUCAAAGCAAGACCCGCUACGCUCUGUCAGACGGAGAGCCGGAUGAGGACGAUGACGACCUCGCGCUUCCUACAGGAAAUGUUCCAUCCUACGCCACUUUGACCCGGAAGCCCGGUCGCAGCCAACUGGCUCGAUUACAGUCGAACGCAGAGAAGAGCGGUGGCGUGGGCCGCAGCCAGUCGUUCGCCGUGCGCGCCCGUAGAAAAGGUCCCCCUCCUCCCCCACCAAAAAGACUCAGCUCAGUGAGCAGCACCACCAGCGGCGAGCUGAGCGACAGCAGCCCCACAUCGUCCUCUGGGGGCGUGGUCACCGACAGCCCGGGGAGCGUCAGGAGCAUCUCCGCUUCUCUGGAGGGCAGCCCAGGACACAAACAUGGUGCUGCCCAGGGAGCGGAGUCUUCAGAGGCCAGAGAGGCAACAGAGAUGAGGAGGAAAGUUCAGAGCGAAUGUGUUCCCAGUCAAACCAGCAGCAGAACAGAGGUAGACCGAGGGUUGAAAUCUGACUCUGAGGAAGAAGACUUGAAGGAUCGAGGACUGGAUGGAUCUUCGUCCCCCCAGAACAGUUCCAGCGAAUGCAUCCCCUUUGCUGAGGAAGGCAACCUGACCAUCAAACAGAGACCCAAAGCUCCAGGUCCACCCAGGGCCGAGGCCGUGCUGGAGCCACCAGACAAACCAGCAGCUAAGACUCUUGAGGUUCCUGAGUUUAACCUGAAAGAGUCUGACACCGUGAAGAGACGCCACAAGCUCAAAGACAAGGAGCAAGGUGAGGGUUCCCCCGUCAGGUCAGGAGCUGGAGUCGGAGCAUCAGGGUCAGAGUCUGGUGGCAGCAGGCCUCCAUCCAGGAACCAGGACCAGGUCGAUCUGAGAAUCAGUGAGGCCAGUCUGGAGAGGCCCAGUACUCCAGCUGCAGAGUCUCCUGUUAAACCUCCUCUCUCACCAAAACCCGCCAUCACCCCGAAGCCUGUUCGCCAGAGUCUGCUGGCUGCUCAGGGAGGACGGUCCUCUCCCAUGUUGACCAUCAGUGUGGUCCAAAGUGUAGCCUUUGCCUCCUCACCCACCCACAGGCCUGCAUCACCAGCUCCUCAGGCCCCUCACAGUCCCUCUUUGGCUGCCAGGAGACAUCACACUUGUCCUUUAGGUUCAAGUCUCACCCCCGAGUCUUCUAGUGACACAGAAGAGGUCCAGCAGAGACUGGAUCAGACCAGCACCUCUCUUGCAGCAGCUUUGAAAGCCGUAGAGAAGAAGCUGAACCAGGAUGAUAGCUCUGAGGGCAGGGGGAGCACUGUGAGGUCAGCAGGGACCAUCCUGGAUGACAUUGGCAACAUGUUUGACGACCUGGCCGACCAACUGGAUGCCAUGUUGGACUAAAGACGUUUCUUUAAAAUAAAACAUCACGUUUAACCUCAGGAAGUGAAGCCCAGGCUGAAAAUGGAGAGAUCUUCCAACUUGUGUCCCCACCUACUUCAAGCUGCACAUCUGGAGCAUCCUCAGCCAGAACAGCAGCACUUAAACUCUGUGGUGCUUCCAGCAAAAACUGCAUCGACCCGGUCUUACAUUUCUCAUCCAGCGCCUGAAUCGGACGUCUGCUGGUGCAGCAUGAGAUGCUUCCGCCAGAGCGGGUCGAUGUGAGGAGAAACUUCUCAGCAGAUCCAUAUUUUACUGCAGACACUAAUACUUUAACAGGAAGUGAAAUGGUUUUAUAUCAUGCUACCUGCAGCCCAGGCCCAGUUCCAGCAGCCAGAACCAGCAAGCGACCUUGUUUCUUCUUUAGGAAAAUCUGUUGAAAGAUCUGAGGUUUUAAAGUAGCCUUGGAUCCCAUGAAGAGCUCCAAAAAAACGUUCCGGUGAGAGUUAUCAUCAUGUUUCAGUUCAACACGUAAAACAUUUUACACUAACGUUGCUUCUUCUUGGUAGAGGACACACCCUCGUCAGUAUGGCACCAUCUAGAGGCCAACGUUGGUAUUGCUUUAACAUAACAGACUGCAGCUCUCCAGACCUCAUCAUGUUGUUUAAGGUUCUGGUUCCAGGUCAGUAUUUCAGGGUACAGUACUUCCCAUUACCAAACAUUUAAUCUGAAAGGGAUCUAAUAAAAUCUUUUGUUGGUCUCGUCUCAGAAGGAACUCUUCAGAAAUCCGUCGGCAGGUUUCGUAUAAACAAACUGGACGAUAAAAACAGUAAAGCUCAUCAGAACAUUCGGUAUUUAGAAGGUUUGUUUGUAAUGAACCUAAAGUCCGACGAAGACAUCCGCAGUGAUCUGAAAAAGGCAGGUGAAAGGUCAGAUCCUGUGUUUAUCAAAGAGUAGCUAGAUUACAGACACUAACCUUCCUGCUAAUAUUAAAUAAAACACCUGGAAAGUUUGUGAAGCAGAACCUGGAGGUUCUGGUACGUUCCUGAAUUUAAGCUUCCUGUGUGGAUUGCUCCUGUGCUUCUUUCUGUAUAUUUUUUGAAGUUUAUAAAAAGAUCAUUGGGAACUUUAGCUUGACAUGUCAUUGUGGUCUGUUGCUCAGCAACCCUGCUAAAUUGUAGCCGUGGUUUCUGUUCAUAAGUGACCCCUGUGGUCCAGGAUGAUUGUCUGGAGUCUGGAGAACAUCACAGUAGCACGAGACAUUGUGUAUCCUGCUGGUUUCAGCACCUGAGUUCACCAGCAACAUGUCCACAAUAACUGAGUCAAACUGAUCUGAACAGCAUCUAAUCAUGGAUUAAAAUGCAGCAUAAAAUGCAGCAUAAAAUGCAGCAUAAAAGAGUGAACUGAUGGUUCAGUCCAACAAACAUUUUAUCUGAACGAAAUAGAAAAAUUAAAUGAUGGAUGCAAACAGUUGUUCUGACUCACAGGGCUUGUUUCUGCUGCCCUCUUGUGGCGCAGAAACACUUUCAUGGAGCUACUCUUGGAUCCAGCUCUUUCUUUAGGCCUACCGCACGAACCCAGCUGGUUACUGGAACAGAACCGGGAUGCUCUCGAGUAAUUUCAGCUCUUCUGUCUCGGUGUUGAACCGUUUUAUAUUUCUGAUAUUUAAGGAGUCCGUUUUCUACGACCUGACCCGGAACCAGCUCUGCUUCAGUGACUCGUUUGGAUAAAAGGGAGCAGAAUCAAGCUGGGCUCAUCAGAACAUGUUUAUACAAACUAUUUUUGAUAUUUCUUUUAUCCCAGUUAGUAUUUAAAUGAGAGUAAUCUAAAGGUGUGUAAUACAGCAGAGCUGGAUCUGAACCAAAGCUUUGUACAGUUCAUUUUUGAAAUAUUUCACUGAAUCAUCUCUGUUGUUAAAUCUGAAAUGUUUUGUUUGUGUUCAUCAUGCUGUAGCCCCGCCCCAAUCUGGUCGGUCUGUCCACGUGAUCCGGAUCACGUGACCUCAUUAGCAUAGAAAGGAAUGGUUCGGUCCAGUUUCUCUCUGUUGACAUGUCUCAUCCUGCUUUACUUUAAAAGGACUUUACAGAUGAAACACGAGAAAGCUUUUAUUGUGAAACAGUCACAGGAAAGUGUUUUUAUGUUGUCUAAAUUGUAACUUAAAGCUCAUUACACUGUUUAAAUUGUCUUUACUGAACUCUGGGCUUUGUUGAGCCACCAUGAAAAUAAAGUUAGAGGACGGA